UGUUUCCUGUAUCGUUCACAUCCUUGAUCCGGUCCGCUAUCAAACCCUACUGCUUUCCCCUCUUAGACUCGGCAUGGAUGGAUUAGCCAAACACGACUAUUACUCCGCUGCUACUAAUAUUCCUCUCAACACCCACCAAGCUGAGUCCGACUCAAUCUCUGGAUCAACAUUUGCAGUGCCCGAACUAGCUCAAAGCUCCAGCUUCUCAACACCUAGAACCCCGAAUUUUCAGCUUUUUCUUUCUAGCACUCUGGUGCUUCAGAGUGUUCUUUGUGGUCACAGCUAGAACGGUUCAUCCACUCACGCGUUAUUAUAGAGCUGGCUGAUUCUUUUCACAAUCCCUUCCUUUCAGGCCUUCAGUUAUCAUGGAGCCAAACCAGAACUCUCCAGUCAGCGAGAUCCCAAAGCCCCAUUCGCCUAUCGCCAUCAAGAGAAGGGAUCUCAACAUGCACUGGAGACUCCAAAGAGGGUUGCCUGCCUCCCCAAUGAGCAUGGACUUUGCCCCGACUCCUCCCAGAAAUCAGUCCGCAACAGAGGCUGCUAAGUCAGAGGAGUCCAGCCCGGAAUGGGAACAAUCUCGUCAAACUGCCGUCGUUACCACUAAGUCUUCUCCCAGAGUAGACACUGUCGUCUCUCACGUCCCCUUUACGCAGAACACGCGGUACUUUCUCGAAAGGCAAAGACUUCAGCAAGAAGAGGAGGAGAGAGCGCAACAGGCUCGCCGGAACACGCGGCCGCAAUAUCCCCAUCAGUUUUACGCCUACGCCUACGACCGCGGAAACGGCCGCUACACGAGACUGGUCCCAGCGGAUAUGCUUCCUCCACUCGUGGGUGUGCCCGCCUACGAGUCGGACAUCUCUCGUCUGUUCGUUCUUGAGCUUCCCCAGGCCUUGGAUGCCGACGAGCGCAACACCAACGUGGAACCGGUUCAGACUCAGGUGGCGCGGAGUGACGCCGUUCAGUUAGUUCCGGCCAGCAAAAGAAUGUUGUACUCAAUCCAUAUGAGACACACCCUCACAUCACACCCAAACAAAGCUGGGUAUACGACUGACAACCACAGUCCUGCAGCUAAUACGAGCCUCACUCACCAGGCCACCGCAACCGCCUACCUGACCCCCCCUCCUCUUCACGGCCAAGGCCCCAAGCGAGCCAAGAUUUUCUGCGACAAGUGGGUGCACGAGGGUACCUGUGCCUUCACCCAGCAGGGCUGCAAGUACAAGCAUGAGAUGCCCUAUGACAGGGCUACUCAGCACAUGCUCGGUCUGUUCCACGGCUUGCCUGCUUGGUACAAGCGGCAGCAAGCCGAGCUGAUGAGGCAGAGACAGCAGCUGGUCAGCAACGAUGAGUCGAGCACCAGCAAGGGACCCAUCGAUCUGACCGCGCUCCGUGGCGCUCCCCAUCGUCGUCGGUCUCUGACUACGGCUUCUGGAAGUCCGAUCUCGCGCAGAGGCUCGGCUGAUCAAGGGUCGGCAUCUGGUAGUGGGGGUGAGGCGAUGGGGGUGGGAGGUCAGGCUCACGCCGCCACGAACAGCAUGGGAGCAAAGAGCUUCGGAGGCGGUGGUUAUCAGCGUGAGAAAAGCUCGAGUCCUCGGGAGUUGAACAACUGGCGUCCGAGUGUUGGAGGUGGCUCUUCAGGACCCUCUCCAAUCCCUACCGGCCCCCAGAUCCUAAGCCAAGGCCCCUGCCGCUUCGGUCCCAUCGGACAACCCGCCCAACCUCAACCUCGCGACCCUCGCGGCAAUCCCAGCAUUAUCAACAGCUAUCGCCGCAUCGAUGCUCCUCCCGGCUUUCCCCCCCAUCCUCACUCCUACCGCCUCCUUCCAACCACCACGACCCCCGACAGCUCCGAUAACGAGGGCAAGGAGGAGGGCGGCCCCCUGGGAGGGGGAGGAGCUCGAGUCCAGGUCCAGGCCCAGGUACACCAGCAGCAGCAGCAGCAGCAGGCCGAAGGCGGCGGUGGCGGCAUAGCAGCUCAGUGGAUGGGAUCGGCUUACGAGGAUGGGGAGAAUUUCUGGAAGUGGUCUCGGGACACUAACCAGGAGUAG